AAACUGCCCAGCUUGCAUGCAAGGAGACAAAGAAGCACAGAGCAAAUGGAACCUACCAACAGCAACCCAGACCGGAAGAACACCACAUUGGCUUCCGCUCAGAUCAUUGAGAAUGGCCUGGUGAUCUCAGACCAGUACUGUCUGAAGCAAGGAUCCUGCAGCUCAGGGAAUUACACUUACUCAAUCCCAGUCAGCAAGACCACACCCAUGGAUGUCACCAUCACUCUUCAAAUGAAGACCUCGUUGCCUCUGAUUAUUUACCUGUGCAGUGUCAACUACGGCAAUUUAUGUGGGAGUAUUUCAAACACUGGCUUGAAGACUGAAAUAUCAAUGACCCAGGGAACAACACAUAAAUGGUCACUGGUGGUUGCACCAUACUAUGACAUCACCUAUCACUUCCGUGUGGCUGAUCCUAGCCAGGCUACAUGCAACAGCGAGAGCACCUCUGCAGGAGAGACCUUCACACAAUACAGCUUCCACUUCUACAGAGUCUGCAAUUGAACAGAAAAGGGCUCCCUCAUGAGAUGGAUCACUAGUUCUCCUCUUGAAGAGAUACACUGUCAACGAGGAAUCUUUUCUGGUC